GUCAAAUUGUGUAUUAUAUAAUAUAAAUAAAGUUAAAUAAAUAAAUUUGCAGAGUAUAAAAUGUUCGGUUACACCCGAACUUAGCCCUUCCUUACUUGUUUUCUUAUACAACUGUCUUCGUAUUGUUUUUAUUACUCCUCGCUCUUUAGAUGGGCACUGCGUGUUGGUUGGUUGGUAGAAGCCGUCUUGAAAUAGGUCAUUCCGAAAAUUCGCCCAGAAGCCGCCGUUAAUUCGCGUCUAUUUCCUUUUUACCUCUUUUUUACCCUUAAUAACCAAUCCCCAAAAAUAAUUGAAUUCAAUGAAUAUGGUACAGUGUAGUGUCUCCUAUUAUUUUACCACAGCUGUAUAUACAUACAUACAUAUAUGUAUGCAUAUAUACCACAAAUUCAAAUAAAUUCCGUUCUUAUAUGUAUAAGUAUAUAUGUAUUUUGAUUUACUCAUAUUGUUACUAAAUAAAAAGUCUAGAAUCAGCAAGCAGUGACGUCAUUUUUAGUUGAUCAGAGAUCGCCAAUAUGUAGUGAUUCUUCGUUUUGCUUUUUGUUGCAUUGUAUUUUUAUUGUUCUACACACAUGUGUUUGUUGUUGUUUUUGCAUUCAAUUUGUUUACUCACAAUUUCUGUAUGUACAUACAAUGCAUAUAUGAAAAUGUGUAAACAUAUGUUUUCCGAAGUAAUAUUUGGGUCAUACAUUUUAGGGGAUUCUUGCGCCGAAGUGAAAAAAAGUGAAGCAUAUUCCAAUCGAAUCCAUUCCAAUUCAGCGUUCAAAUGCAUAGAGCACAGUCAGUGGCAAACGCAAACGGAUCGAAUAGUAUUGGCUGAGGAGUCAAUGACAACAUUUUUGCGGCAGCUGAAAUACAAUUAAUCAAUUAUGUGCUACGUCAUUAUAACCGGCGGCAGUUUGGUCUGGUUUGUACUAAGCCUGGUGGCCGACAUGCUAAUCGCCUCAGCGAUAGUCACACCCAAAUGGUUGAUCGGACCAAAUCCGACAUUUGUCAGUGUCGGUGCCAGCACUACCGCUCGCCUAGCAAGCACCUCAACGCAAAACGAAACUCAAUUAAUGUUGCCUAUACCCACGGUCCGUUAUCCCUCCGUGGGUAUUUACACUCGCUGCAAGGUGAUGCACAACUAUGGCUACCACUGUGGUCCCUUCGAUUUGGAUGGCUUCGCGACCGACAGCAAUGUUUAUCCAGCAGCAUGGAAAGCCACAAUGUUCUUCAUGUCACUGGGUUUCGCGGUGCACUCCAUCACGGUGGCGCUGACGCUGAUAACCUGUUGCCGACAAUCGGCUUUUGGCAAAAGCAUACACAAUAUGACGGGUUGUGCACAAGUCGUGUCAGCAAUAAGCAUCAUGUUGGCGCUUUUUCUACAUCCGCUAGCAUGGGGCGCGCCGCGUGUGCAACUGCUAUGUGGCGCUGAUGCUGAGCCAUUCUAUCCAGCAGGCUGUACUAUUGGUAUUUCCUUAUACUGUGCUGUGGCCGCUGCGGUGUUUUGUUUCAUUUGCGCCGGCAUCAGUUUGAAGGCCGAGUCAUCCAACAUGCGCAUGCGCGUAAAGCGGCGCGUUGAAGAGGGCAAUCGUUUGGUGUGCAUUCCAUGAAACCGACUCUCUAUACAAUGUUGUUUAUUCGUCAAACAGUCGCUUCGGAAUAUUGCAUUUCGUAUAUUUAUCGAAUAAAACUACUGUGGUGUAAAUUAUUUAAUAUAUGUAUGUAAAUGUAUUUUAAUAGUAUUAAGUUCCUUUAUUUUUAGUAAUUUAGUUUAAACAUUGUAAACUAUUGAUUACACAAACUCAAGUGACAUAUUUUUUGUAUUGACAUACAUAAGUGUACUUAUAUUUAAAGCAUCACAUGCGCAACUCAUUUUUAAAUAAACUUAUAAGCGUGUAUAUUAACAUUGUAUAAUGUUUAUAAGAACAGAAACCCAAAAAAGUUUUCGAAUAAAUCCACACAUACAAUUCAUGCACCUA